AUGCUGUAUGAGGACUUUAAAAGGACUAAAACAUACAAAUGGAUCACCAAAGUGCUUGGUUUCCUACUAGAUCAGUGGUUCUUCGUUCUCUUGGGGGUGUUCGUGGUGCUAGCAUAUUUCUUCCCUGAGUUCGCCAAACAGGGAGGCACCGUCAAGGCUCAGUAUUCUAUUGGUUAUGGAGCCGUGGCAGUGAUUUUCUUGAUAUCAGGUCUUUCCAUGACGACCAAGGAUUUGUUUUUUAACAUUUUACACUGGAGGGCUCACUUCACUGUUCUCUCAUCAUCAUUCCUCAUCACUAGUGCCAUUAUAUUUGGUAUCGCUUCAGGUAUAAAAGCUUCAAAAGAUGGUGCUAUUGACGACUGGAUGCUAGUGGGCUUGAUUGUCACCCAUUCUUGCCCAACCACUGUGUCUUCGAAUGUGGUCAUGACAAAAGCUGCUCAUGGUAACCACAUUUUAACUACAUGUGAAGUGUUUAUUGGUAACGUUUUGGGCGCAUUCAUUACACCUGCAUUGGUACAAAUGUAUAUGAGUGGUACCUGGGAUUUUGGUAAUCCUGUUCACCAGGAGCAAAGAGAAACGGUGCUGCAACUUUAUGCAGAUGUCAUGAAACAGAUUGGCCUUUCAGUGUUUGUUCCACUUUUUGUGGGACAGGUGGCACAGAAUAUCUGGCCAAAGCAGGUCAAGUGGGCUCUUACUACGUUUUACCUCAACAAAGUGGGUUCGUUCAUGUUGCUUUUGAUUAUGUUUCAGUCCUUCUCUACAGCUUUCGCGCAAGAUGCAUUUGAAUCUGUGUCUCAUGCUUCGAUCAUUUUCUUGGUGUUCUUCAACAUCGGCAUCUACUUAUUUUUCACCGUGCUUGUUUACCUCUACCUGAGGCCCUACUUCCUUGUCAGAAUCUAUGACCAUGAGCCCACCGAGGAAGACUCGAGAGCAUACACUUGGGGUUACAAAUUUUUCAGACCCUUCUACUACAAUCGCCGUGAUACCGUGUCUGUUAUGCUUUGCGGUCCUGCUAAGACGGCAGCUUUGGGUGUGUCCUUGGUUUCCUCCCAAUACGGUGCACACAACCCCAAGUUGGGUGUUUUAUUGGUACCUUUGGUCUUAUAUCAGGCGGAACAGGUUCUCACGGCCCAAGUGUUGGUAAACUUCAUGAGAAAGUGGAUUCAUGCAGAAGAUGAGAUCAAGAAGGACGAGGAAUCGGCGCCCUCUGAGGAGACGCAGCAAGAUGCGAUCAAACCCAGCGAAAGUGAAACACAGUAUGGAAGCAUUGAGGAGAGAAACCAACUGGGCUCGCAGUCUAUUCAGGAGGCUCGAUAA